AUGCCGCGUGAAAUCAAAGAGAUCAAAGAUUUCUUACUGACCGCGAGGAGAAAAGACGCGAAAUCAGUGAAGAUAAAGAAGAACCCAACAAACACGAAGUUCAAGGUUAGAUGCAGCCGCUUUCUUUACACCUUGGUUGUCACCGACAAAGAGAAGGCCGACAAGCUGAAACAGUCGCUUCCCCCCGAUGAGCGAUCAGAACCCGUGGAGGAUGGGUCCGAUAGUUUCCCCGCUGCACUUGAUGAUGAACCGGAAGAUCGUUUCCCGGUGGAUGAUGAUGACCGAGGCUUUCCGGUGUUGGAAGAACCCGAGAGGGAAGCAUAA